CACCUUCGUCUCCCUCUUCUUACCAGACACUUAAACCAACAAAAGGAAUCUUACACAUGGAAAACUCAAACACUGCUUCAGAAGUUCUCUUUUGGUUUCAGAACCAGAAGCAAAGCCACAGCCAUACGUUUCCUUCUUCUUGCUUUCCUCCGAGCUCUCACUCUGCUUUCUAUGGAUCUAGCUCGAUGAGCAACACAGGCACUAACACCGUGGAUGAGGAAGACGUCUGUGAGAGCUACAAGUUGCGAGAGAGAACCAAGAAACGGAAGCUAACACCAGGUCAACUGCGUUUACUAGAGGAGAGUUUCGCAGAAGAGAAAAGACUCGAACCAGACAGGAAACUCUGGCUAGCCGAGAAGCUAGGGCUGCAGCCGAGCCAAGUCGCUGUCUGGUUCCAAAACAGGAGGGCUAGGUUCAAGACCAAACAGCUCGAGCACAACUGUGACGCUCUUAGGGCUAGCUAUGCUAAGCUCAAGACUGAUAGGGACAUUCUCUUUCUACAAAACGAAACCCUCAAGAACAAGGUUGCUCUUCUCAAAGAGAAGCUGAAAAUGAAAGAGAGUCUUGAAACUCAGUCUAUGGAGGCCGAGAAGCUUGGAGAAGAAGGUAGUUCGGUGAAAAGUGAGAAUACACAGUACAGUGACGAAGAAGGGUUGGGGAAUCAAUACAGCUUCCCCGAGCUUGCAGCUCUCGGAUUUUACUAUGAUCCAACUUUGACUGCAUCAAAUCUAAGGUUAUGAUAGUAUAGGUCAACGUGCCGUGGGCAUCAACAUAUCUCCUAUGUUUCCUUUUUCUUUUCUUUCUUAGGGUUCAUAUUCUGGGUCAGUUUAUGUUUUCAUGGAAGGUCACAAAAAAAAACUUAAUAAAUAAAAUAUCAACUGUUUUGUACGUUAAAAUCAAAUAUUUUCUGGGCAUCGUAAGUUAUGUCAAAUUAAUGUGAAUUUUUAUUAAACUGGACAA